UUUUCAGUCUUCACCAUGAACACAGAAUCCGCCACAGUAACAUCCCCUGGCUGGAUCCGGCCAGACGAUGUGAUGCGUGUUAGGAAAUUGAAGGUGAGGCGUAAAGCACUGCAGGCCCGCAUGAUAAGUUCGUCGGCCCCUCUGCAGACCCUGGCUCCUGUCAAUGGCAAUAUUAACGCAUCUAAUGGUCAUGGGUUAAAGCGAAGAAAUCCAUUCAAACACUCUCCCAAUAAACGGCUGAAAACAGAGGAAGACAACGAUUUAGAAUGUACAAGUGAUAUGACGCUCUUCCAACUGCUUAACCCUACAGCAGCUACCAACAAAAAUAAUUUACGACAGAACUACAGCUUUUCAAAUCUUAUUAAGAAAGAGCUUGAGGCUGAAGAUAUUGAUAAAGUAAGUGAUUAAAACAAUAUACUGUAA